GACUGACGUCUGAAUUCUGACAUUAUUGAUGCAUUUGUGAUCGGCGUAAAAUAUAAUUAUAAAUUAGUCCAGUUUUAAAAAUAGUGAUUAUUGUGAUAAUAAACAUCACAUCAUAAGAGUACACGUGUUAUAAGUGCUUAUAAUGUGUAAAAGUUCCUAAAAUGGGUAAAUCAUGCUCAACGAUAUACAGUUGACCAAACGUUUGGUUGUAAUAGCUGUUGUACUCGGCAUUAUUUUGAUAUUAAAGGAAUACGUAUUUGUUUAUCCAUUAUGACACAGCACAGGGUUGCGUACUUCUACAAUCCCGAUGUAGGGAACUUCCACUACGGGCCGGGACAUCCUAUGAAACCCCACAGAUUGGCUGUGACACACUGUUUAGUGCUAAAGUAUGGACUACACAAGAAGAUGCAGAUAUACAAGCCGUAUAGGGCGAGUGCUCAUGACAUGUGCAGGUUCCACAGUGAGGACUACAUUGAGUUUUUGCAGAAUGUGACUCCUCAGAACAUACAGAGUUACUCCAAAGACCUCUUGCACUACAAUGUGGGUGAUGAUUGUCCAGUGUUCGAAGGUCUGUUUGACUUCUGUUCAAUGUACACAGGAGCGUCUCUUGAAGGUGCUAUGAAAUUAAACAAUAAUGCUUGCGAUAUAGCUAUUAAUUGGUCCGGUGGACUGCAUCAUGCGAAGAAAUUUGAACCUUCAGGAUUCUGUUAUGUCAAUGACAUAGUCAUAGCAAUACUAGAACUCCUGAAGUACCAUCCCCGAGUACUGUAUAUAGACAUUGACGUCCACCACGGUGAUGGGGUGCAGGAAGCAUUCUACCUCACAGACAGGGUAAUGACAGUGAGCUUCCAUAAGUAUGGGAAUUAUUUCUUCCCUGGCACGGGAGAUAUGUAUGAAAUCGGAGCGGAAAGCGGAAGGUAUUAUUCGGUUAAUGUACCGCUGAAAGAAGGAAUUGAUGACCAGAGUUAUAUUCAGGUUUUUAAACCAGUGAUAUCCAAUGUGAUGGAGUUCUACCGUCCAACAGCGAUAGUGCUGCAAUGCGGCGCUGAUUCCCUCGCGGGGGACCGAUUAGGUUGUUUCUCGCUGUCGACUCGCGGGCACGGCGAGUGCGUCAAAUUUGUCAAGAAUUUGAACGUGCCCACACUAGUUGUGGGUGGUGGAGGAUACACAUUACGUAACGUGGCGCGUUGCUGGACGUACGAGACUUCCCUUUUGGUUGAUGAGCAGAUCUCCAAUGAACUACCGUAUAAUGAAUACUUGGAGUUCUUCGCUCCGGAUCUACAAUUACACCCUGAGAUCAACAGCACUAAUAAUGCUAAUAGCAAGCAAUACCUGGAGGCGAUCACGAAGCACGUGUAUGACAAUUUGAAGAUGUGUCAGCAUUCGCCUGCCGUCCAAAUGACUCAUGUGCCAGGUGACUUCUUCCCGGAAGAGUACAAAAUAAAAGAGGAACCAGAUCCAGACGUAAGGAUCAGUCAAGAAGAGGCCGAUAAGAUAGUCGAGCCUAAAAACGAGUUCUACGAAGAUGAAAAGGAUAACGACAAGGAAACAGUUGCAGAGACGAAGGAACCAUAGCAUACAGACGGACCGGCCGACCCGCUGGCCAUUUGACACGAGAAAUACUUCAAGAAGAAGUUUCUGGACUUUGUUUAGUGCUUAGUGUUGAAUUUAUCUGUGACGUGCUACCAUAGACAAUAAACAUAUUGUGGCAAAGGAGGUAAUAUUAAAAAGUUUUAGGGCCUGGGGUCUUAUUCUUUAUGAUAUUGUAAAAUUAUAACACCGCUGUGUUACGUUAUCUGUGAAAUUAGCGUAGAAUGGUAUUCUGUAUGCUAAUUUAUAUUGAAACGCGAUGCGACCCGUUACGUGUUGACAAAAUAACGUGUGGUAUAGAAUAAGGCCUCUGUUUUAUAAUCAAUUGAAUGUUAUGUGUCGAUAAUGUAUAAGAUAGUUAGGAUUAUCGUUUAUUCUGACACCCGAAACAGGCCCUUAGCAAGGUACAUAUUAUAUUAUAUUAAAUUUAAAUUGGAAGUGUUAAUCCUCAAGUGGAGAGAAAGUAUAUUUUCAGAACGUCAAUAUUUAGAAGAAGGCAGUCGUAUAUUUUUUUAGAGGCUCAACAGCAGUUAAAGAGAUGUCAGUUCUGUAUGAUUAGUCUCAACUGAAACAUAAUUUAAUCUCUGGUUCAAAAUAUAAUAACCUUUAUUAAGUCGGGAAUAGAGCACACUCGUUCAAUACCUUGUCUAUGGUAGCCUAUUUAUGCGAGUAAUGGCCAAGCGUUGAGUAAUUUGUAGUUACGCUUUAUGCGAACUUAGAUUCUCGCUUGUUUGGGUCCGGUCCAAUAUUUAGAGUUAAAUUUUGUAAUAUAUAGUACAGAUUAGCUUUUAGGUUAGGCGCUUGCGAAGUGGCGGCGAAAAUAAUUAAAACUCGAUUUUAAAUCUUUUUAUAUACGGCUGAUAUUCGUUUAAUAUAAAACAACCGUCUUAGCUUUUGAUGUAAUAACAGAUUUAAGUGAAUAGGUAAAGUUGUUUUUAAUUAUUACCAAUUUUUUUUUGAACAGAAGCAAGUGUUUAAAGUUUUUGGUAAUGUACAGUUAGCGUAGAGAAGUAGCAUAAUGAUUUAAUUUUAAAUGGCCAUAAAGCGUAUAUUGCUACGACAUAUGUUCUCCUGUUUUGAAUAUUUGCCUAUGAAUAAGCGGUAUUAGUAUUUCCUAUGACAUUUUAUUACGUAGUGGUUACUAGUAACUUUAAUAGCAUCGCUGCUCGACGGUAGUAAUAGACAAAACGGACACUCGCAUAGACGUAGUUUGAGUAGAUAAUGUAGUUUAUAGUACUUAGUAUCCCUAAUCGUUGGUGUCAUCCUCUCCCAGAGACCGUCCUGAGCCGAGGUUCGUAACCCGUUAGUGGUUCUCUUCAGGUCGCUUAAUGUUCAAGGGUUGCGAGCGUCUCGCUCACUCAAAGUCCGGUGUGUUAUAAGCCGGCCCUGUCAGGCUAACAAACGUAAAUAUUGCAAAAAAAGGUCUUAGUGCUAAGUAAAUACAGAUGGUAAUAGAUUGUGGUAGGUUAAUAACGUAACAUGGUCUAACCACACGCGUUCAGAGGCGGCUCGAGCUCAUGUACUUCCAAAAAAAUAUAGGCGCCCCCUAGGAGACAAUGUAAUCUUUAAUUUUGAUAAUAUUAAAUCAAAAGUUGUGUAAAGUAAAGAAGCCGCUCGCCGGCCUUAGCUCGGGCGCAGGUUGUUUGAGAGCGCCAGUGUGCAACACACACCCUGCACAUUAGUUUACGCCUUUGUACGCGAUUUCAAAGCAAUACAUUAAUAGAAUAAAAAAUAUCUACCCAUAAAUUUCGUAUGAAUGUAUACACGUCCUAAUUGUCCGAGUUUAUUGUAUUAGAUGAUAUGAACGUUAAAAUGUGCUUCCACUGCAUACAUCGCUGGCUUACUAUUACAAGUCUAUGUUGUAUUUUUGCACAAAUUAAAUUACAUAUAUUCAGGGUGACCGCUCAGUCUCACGCUUAUAGGGGCCUCGCGCUUACAGAGACCUCGCGCUUAAAGGGGCCUCACCCGGUGCCUUGGAAGACCUUUUUGUGAUCUUACCGACGAAAUUGUUAAAACUGAGGAACUGUUUUGCUCCGCUCGGGACCUCGACGUUUUUUUUAUUAUUUCGCCUAAGGCCUCGCGUCGUUUAGAGCCGCCAUUGCACAUAUCAUUUAAGUUGGUAUCUUUUUCAGUAAAAUUUUCCCAUAAUCCAGAAAGUUAAAAGCGUGAACCAUGAGCUAUUAUCUUUUCUAAUUUUUACCAAUAUCAAUUUUAAAUCUAAAUUUUUGCGACUUUUUUUAAUUAUUAAAAAUUAACAUACGACUUUGGAAUGGUGUGCCAGCGAUAUGUUACUUAUAGCUAAUAUGUAUCUAAGCAUAUCUUAAUUGUAUUCAACAGUAUUACACCAGAAAUGUAAAUGUUAAUUCUUCUAGUUAACCGCCAUUUUUAUUAUAAACGGUUCCAACCGCUUUCUUGAUCUAUUUCAAAAAUUAACCAAUCAGAACAAAGUAUUUUGACAUGUUCACAAAUGAGUUGUUUUGAUUAGUUCAUUCGGGAAUCGGAUUGAAGAUUGAGAUUUGGAUCGUUUAUUGUAAACUGUUGUAAGUAAUUAUGUAUUGUACUAUGAUAUUUGUAGUUACAAGUUAUGAAAUUACACCGAAAUAUAUUCAUUGUUUAAUACGAAAUAGACGUUCACAAUUUAAAAAUUGCUAACACAAAAACACCUGUGUAGUUGUUAAAGUAUAAUUAUUGUAAUUUCUCCAUGAAUACUUUACUUUUUUGUGUUAUAACUCUUAUUGUUAGUUGCGUUUGCAUUUCAAGUAUGCAGCAGAAACCUUAUUCUCUAUGACAGCGUAAACUGUUAACACGAUUGUCUUACCUUAUAAUAAUAAUAAUAAUAAUAUCAGCCCUGUAUUAUAUACUUGCCCACUGCUGAGCACGGGACUCCUCUACUAUUGAGAGAGAUUGUCUUACCUUAUUUCUAUGAAAUUAGUGUGGAAUGGUAUUCCGCAUUAAAAUUUCAAUCGUCAAACGCGAUAUCGUGCGUUGCGUGCUGAUUAUGAACUGUCAAAAUAGUCUGACGUUGAGAAUCAGGGCUCUGAUUAACAAAUAUGUUUUAUAAACAUGAUGAGAGGGUACUAAAUCAUUCCUCUAUUAAUAUUAAUAAAUUAUCUAUUAUGUAGGUGUAGUAAUAUUUUUGUACUUUGAUAUAAUGUAAGCGUGUUAUUUAUAUCGUCUCAACCCGGGUUUGCUGCGGCCAUAUUUUUGGUAAGAAUAUCUAUUAACACAUUGACUGCGGUUCAAUAUGCUGGCUCGCUAUUACGAUGUUAUAUUUUUGGUACAUAUUGAAUUAUAUACUUACAUAAUUCCAAAUUUUCAGUAAAACAUUUCCAAUAAUCCCGAAAGAUAAAUAAAGGGAGAAACAUGAUUGUCUUAUAUUUUUUACCGACAUGAGAAUUUUUAAUGAUUUUUUUUUCAAUUUAAAUAUUAUUUUACUAAGGACCUUGUAAUAGUGAGUCAGCGAGUUGAUUAUUGGGUGUAACGCAUGCUGUUUGCUAUCUAAGGCUGUUUCCCUCACUCGCGUUGCUUUGCCAAACGUUAGUGCGGGACAACACACUCCGGUCGUGGUGGCCGAACUGGUGAAUAGGUACUUACUACAUUGUUUUGUCACCAGUCAAUGUGUUAAUAUAGUUUUCUACUAGCAGCUUAAAUUAUGGACUUCAGUUGGUUGAUUAUGCACCAAACCAUUUUUUUUUAUAUUUUCAUUUUUUUCUCCAGGAAACCCGGCUAUAGAUAAUCAGUAGGAAUAAAAAAAAAAACAAUGCUCAUUGUUUAAUUUUCAAUUUUGCUAAAUAAUUUAAAUUAUAAUCGUGUUCCAAUUUGUAGUGUUUAAGGUGCAGUUAAUAAUAUCGAUAUAGACUUAUUGGUCGCUAUUCAAUAUAGAGUACUUGGUAAAGAUGUACCUUAUUCAUACACGUUUUUUUAUCAAAGGACGCAGUAAAACUGUGAUAACACGUCUGUUUCUCAGCUUUGUUUAUUUGACAGUCAACUAGAUUAAAGUUUUAUCUUAAUAUUAGCCAAACACCACGGCCCUAUGCCUACACACUGUGAAGGCUGCCAGGCCGUCACCACUGAGAAACAGACUUGUUACCACAGCAAUGCUCCGUCCUUAGAUGAAUAACGUCUAUGGAGAAGGGGGUUAAUAUUUAACCGUAAAAUAUUAAUAUUUAUUGCUUUUUCUUCUUAUUUUUACGUUUAUCAAAUAGGUCCAAAAAGUAUCGACAAAUUAUCGACAUAAAAUUAUAUAUCGCUAUUUCGAAACUUAUUGCCGCCUGUCAAUUUGUGUGCACAACCAUGACAUGGAGAAUGGACUGAUCUAACUUUCAUAUCCAGCUUUUCAUUGAAUAAACAGAAAGGCGUGUAAUAUAAAACAGUUGUAAGGUUAACAGAUCUAGGAACGUUUACAAUAUAGACCUAAAGAAAAGACUAGGUAAUAAAAAAAAACCUUAAAGAAACAUCUCGUGUAUGGAAGAACCAAUUUCGUUCGCGUCUUGUUACCGAGUAACGCUACACGACUGCGAAAAAACAGUUUCUUCAGCAACUUCGGCAACUGUCAGUUGUAGUACCUAGUCUAGGUUUUCUUGGCAACAAGUUGAUAGAGAUCAGCCACAAAUUCCACUUACGACAUUAUGGUCAUUUUGUGAUGGCAUUACUCCGUCUAUUCUCUAUGUCUGGUCAAAUGUAUUUAGAAUUAGUUCUUGUAGAAAUAAAAUUUUGUCCAAUAAUAUCCCUUAUUCAAACUAGCAAUACGGAUUACGGAUUAAUAUAGAACGCAUCUACUUGUAGUGUAUUUAUAUACCUUUUCACAAACUGUCAGACAGUUAUUGUUUUACUCCUAGUGGUUCUUAUUGUAGCUUCUUUUUUGUCUAACUUCAUUAGUAAUUAGUAGUAAGUCCUAAUUGAAACUUGUAGAUAGUUCGACAUGUAUGGCUUUCUAUUAGAAUUAGAUAGAAUUAAAUAGAUUCCAGCUAGCGAUAUUACAAAAGCGUAUUUACUUCAACUUUUGCAGGUCCUCUUCUGAACAUAGGCUUCUAAUAAAGAUUUUAGGCCAACUUGGUAAAAGCUAGAUAGCCUCCAUAGCUACACGUAAUUGAGUGAAAUAAUUAAUAAUGUAGGUGCAAUAUGCCGACUGCCUCAUUGGCGUAGUUGUACUGCAUGCCCGGUACGGCAGCGCUCUGAGGCUCUGGGUUCAAAUCCUGGUUCGGGAAAAAUGAUAUUUGAGUUUUUCUGCUCAGUUAUCAGCCCGGAGUUAGGAAUUUGUGCGCGAUAUGGCGGUAGGCUCGCCCCCCUAUCACAUCAUGGGACUGAACAUAUUUGGCGAAAAGUGGGUGCUCUGGUUGCGCCUCUGCACACACUUUCGGGGAUAAAUGUGUGAUGUGUAUUGAUUUUGUUUUUACUGAAGUAUGUUCGUCAUUAUCUUGGUACUAAUUGGCAUUCAAACUGCAAUAAACGAUAAUACUGUUGCGGCUCGCUUCACGCGCGGUUUCUGUACAUCCAAACAUGGUCAAAGUUCCACGAUUGCAUUAAGUACGAUUAUUAGACACACAUACUUCCUUUAUCUCCGAAAGGGUAGGCAGAGAUGAAAACGGGUAAAACUUUCCGUCAUGCCUGUUCGUGUUGUGAUAGGAAGUGAGUGCCUGAUCCUGAUUCGAAGUCAAAAUCUGAACGGUGAUCGUAUCAGGCUCAGAGUACAACUAAAACACCACUGAUUCAGUCUACGAAGACUUGUCAUGGUAAAAACGAGCCGCAAAGGUGGAUAGUCCUUUAUAUUUGGUGAUUAUGCCUAAAAGCGACUUGAAAUAUUUUACUCCGUCGAUUUGCCAAUAUCUUUUUGUAAAUAUUGUAUAAAUGAAAAAUAAACGUGUAUGAUUUUUUUUUAACAUAUUUUUAUUACUUUGCCUCACUUCAAACUUGCUUU